UUCAGUCCCAAUACGCUGAAAAACUAGGUUUCACAUCUAAAACUCACUUUUGUCGCAGGUUGUUCCAGAGCCGAAUAGCACUAGGGAAGGAGAUCGCCGAGAACUAGAGUGUUGGAAAAUGGCCUCCAAUGCAGCAGUGCCGUUCUGGAGAGCAGCGGGUAUGACAUACAUAACUUACUCAAACAUAUGUGCAAAUCUGGUGAGGAACUGUCUCAAAGAGCCUUAUAAGACCGAAGCCCUCACUCGCGAGAAGGUCCAUUUUUCCGUCUCCAAGUGGGUCGAUAGCAAGCCCCAGAAACCCACUCUUCGUUCAGAUACACCUGAAGCAUGAUUGCUGAUGUUUCAUAUUUUUAAUGCAUAAAUGUGGAAUGGUCUUCUGCAAUAGUGUUCUCAUCUGCUUGUCUAUUUUGACAGAUUGAAAUUUGUUGGGCAUGUAACUUAAUUAAGACAAUGAUUAGGUUUCAGGGUAUUGAUCUUGUAAUAAUGGGAGCGCUAUUGGUCUACUCUUGAUCUGUUGCUCAAUCUACAGUGGUCAUUUCUCUUUCUCAA